GCGGCGGAGCGGGAGCGGGAGCGGGCGCGGGCGCGGGCGCGGGAGUGGAGCAGCCGCCGCGGGACGGGACCGAUCCUCGCCGGCGCACCUGCCCGCAGCGCCCGCGGAGCGGCCCGAGCGCGACCACCUCCAGAGAGGCGGCCGAGGCGGCUGAGGCGGCUGAGGCGGCGGGGCGCGGGCGAGACCGGCGGGACGAGGCGCCGAGAUCUCCGUUUCCUUGAGGUGGCACUGUAGAGCGCUGGCACCCGAAGAUGAGUGAACUUGACCAGCUGCGGCAGGAGGCCGAGCAGCUUAAAAACCAAAUUAGGGAUGCUAGAAAAGCGUGUGCGGAUGCGACCCUGUCUCAGAUCACAAACAACAUCGACCCAGUGGGAAGAAUCCAGAUGCGCACCAGGAGAACGCUGAGGGGGCACUUGGCCAAAAUUUAUGCCAUGCAUUGGGGCACGGAUUCCAGGCUUCUAGUCAGUGCCUCACAGGACGGCAAACUGAUCAUCUGGGACAGCUACACCACGAACAAGGUCCAUGCCAUCCCUCUGCGCUCCUCAUGGGUCAUGACCUGUGCAUAUGCCCCUUCUGGGAACUAUGUGGCCUGCGGUGGCCUGGAUAACAUUUGCUCCAUUUACAAUCUGAAAACUCGUGAAGGGAAUGUACGUGUGAGCCGUGAACUGGCUGGACAUACAGGUUACCUGUCCUGCUGCCGCUUCCUGGAUGACAAUCAGAUCGUCACCAGCUCUGGGGACACCACCUGUGCUCUGUGGGACAUCGAGACCGGCCAGCAGACGACCACGUUCACUGGACACACUGGGGAUGUUAUGAGCCUCUCCCUUGCUCCUGACACCAGACUGUUUGUCUCUGGUGCUUGUGACGCUUCAGCCAAACUCUGGGAUGUGCGAGAAGGGAUGUGCCGGCAAACUUUCACCGGCCACGAGUCUGACAUCAAUGCCAUCUGUUUCUUUCCAAACGGCAACGCAUUUGCCACUGGCUCGGAUGACGCCACCUGCAGGCUGUUUGACCUUCGUGCGGACCAGGAGCUCAUGACUUACUCCCAUGACAACAUCAUCUGCGGGAUCACCUCCGUGUCUUUCUCCAAGAGCGGCCGCCUCCUCCUCGCGGGGUACGAUGACUUCAACUGCAACGUGUGGGAUGCACUCAAGGCCGACAGGGCAGGUGUCUUGGCCGGGCACGACAACCGCGUCAGCUGCCUGGGGGUGACUGACGACGGGAUGGCCGUGGCGACAGGGUCCUGGGAUAGCUUCCUCAAGAUCUGGAACUAACGACAGCAGGCAGACGUCGUGGCGACUGGAAGAUCAUUCCAACCUUGAAGCGUGACAGUGAUAGCAUUUCCAAUCCACCCCUACUAACGCGGACGCCCUUCCCCCUCAGAACUUCAAAAGGGCAAGACCUUUUCCUUCACUUAUUGCUGAAACCAAGAGCACAAUUCCCACAAAGAGAAGAAUCUCUGUGCUGUAAACUCAAGACAAAUUGUGCAUUCCUCCCGGGACCAUUGUCUUUGUUUUCUUUUUUGUCUCAAAUGAAUUUAAAAGGAAAUACUAUAAUAAACGUGCUAACCAGAAGGUAAA